UCUGCGCUCUGCCCCAGCCGCUGCCGCCAUCAUGAUCUGUUUGGUGCUGACCAUCUUCGCUAACCUCUUCCCAGCGGCCUGCUGCGGCGUGCACGAACGCACCUUCCUGGCCGUCAAGCCGGACGGCGUGCAGCGGCGGCUCGUGGGUGAGAUCGUGCGGCGCUUCGAGAGGAAGGGCUUCAAGUUGGUGGCUUUGAAGCUGGUGCAGGCCUCGGAGGAGCUGCUGCGAGAGCACUACGCCGACCUGCGCGAGCGCCCCUUCUACGACCGCCUGGUCAAGUACAUGGGCUCGGGGCCGGUAGUGGCCAUGGUGUGGCAGGGGCUGGACGUCGUGAGUGCCUCGCGGGCGCUAAUCGGGGCCACGGAUCCGGCGGACGCCCUGCCCGGCACCGUCCGCGGGGACUUCUGUAUCGAGGUCGGCAAGAACGUGAUUCAUGGCAGUGAUUCGGUGGAGAGCGCCCGCCGUGAGAUCGCACUCUGGUUCCAUCCUAAGGAGCUCCUCUGCUGGGAGGACAGCACCGAACACUGGCUGUAUGAGUAAUGGGGAGCGGGCCGUUCCUCUUUAAGUGGCAGGGGACCCGACGCCAGGGCCCCAGGGCCUCUUGGGAUAGACUUGCUACAAUAGGCUGCAGCCCUGGAAGUGGUACUCAGAACACCCCUUCUGUGGCAGGGUUCACAGUACCCCUCUAGGACCUCCAGCAGGGGAGGUUGGGUCUGCCUAAACCCUGGCAUGCCACUGUCUACAGCAUGCCUGGAAAUGCACCGGGGCGGUGUCCCUGGCACCCAGCUUGGUCCAGUGUUGUGGGGUUUGUUUGUUUUUGUUUUUUACAAUAA